AUGGCAAACACGCUCCUUUGUUGUCUCUUGCAGUCUUUCAUGACUGUGUUCUCUCAGCGGUUGCUCAAUGUGUUUAAUUACCCGGUCAGUAAGAUAAUCGUCGUCCGACGCUUCUGGUCGGCCGUGCCUUUUUCUGGGCUCCGGGAGGUCUGCAUCCGGAUCUACAAUAAAUCGGCGUGUCAUCAAGACACGGCCACGAUCCCGCUCGGAGCAAAGCCUAUAUCGGACCCAGAGCAGAAUCGCAAGGUGGCGACAGUGAUUUUCCUGAUUGGAGGUCCGGGCUCGGGGAAGAGUACUAUUGCAACCAGGCUUGCUGCAGAUCUGGGUCUCAUCCAUCUUGAUCCCGACGAGAUCAUUAGUCGUCUAGGAAUCGCCGGCCCCGAGGACGAGUGGCUUGCGGUAAAAAACACUAUGGACGAGAACGGAAUUGUUCCCGACUAUAUAGUCAGCCUUCUCUUGAAGAUAGAAAUAUCCAAGCAUCUAAACGCACACCAGAAUAUGUUUCUGAUCGAGGCCUUUCCCCGGUCAUACGCGCAGUUCAUGGAAUUCACCAGCAUCUGUGGCUACGGGCUUACGAUCAGCCUUGACGUGUCCUCUGCCACAUUGAUGAGACGCUUCAUGUUAGAGACGAAAUCAUUCUCGGAGAAAGUGGCCCAAAUGGAGGAUUUCCUCAAACGCGAAGACGCUUUUGCUGGCGCAGAACUUGCUCUCUACCCACACGCCGAUUUCACCAAUGGCCUUGUCAAGAGAAGGCUCGCCAGUCCUAAAACGGCUCUCUGGGUCAAAGAACUGGGCAUGGAAAUGGUGUCCUCAGUGGGCCACUUUGAGUCUUAG